AUGAAAAACCUAGUUCAAAAAUCUUUUGGAGUGCAUUUGCGUCUAUUACAAAUCCUGGGGAUGUUUCCCAGUCGACAAUUUGCAAAAACUUAUAAAAUCUACAUGUACUUCAUGUAUUACAUCAUGAUUACACCUAUACCAAUUCUGGUCACCGUCAACCUAUUUUUCGAAAAACAUGUAGACAUUGUUAAAAUUUCCGACAAUGCUUUUCUGACCUGUCAAAUGGCAUGCUUAUUGGUGAAGUUGAUACCAUUUCUUGGCAACAUUGAAUCGAUUUACAACACUUUGGAUAUGUUAGAAAAACCACCAUUUACGACGUAUACAAAAAGACAAGAAAAACUUGUAGAUGAGUGUAUUACAACUUGUAAACGCAACUGUUGGCUAUUUCUUGUUUUUUGCAUCUUUAGUGUAAUCUCAUGGGCUUUGAAACCCAUGGUGCAAGAGAAGAGAAAGUUACCGUUGGAAAUCUGGGUUCCGGUGGAUUUUACAGUGAAUACGAAAUUAUACUGCUUUGCGUAUCUUUACGUUGUUUUGGGUGUAGCCGCUGGGGCUCUUAGCAAUGGCGUAAUUGACCCAUUAAUCGCAGGUUUAGCCAGUCAUGCCACUACUCAACUGAAAAUACUGAAAAAUAAUUUGCAGUUUCUUAGUGAAGAUGCAGACCAAAUGUUUUCUCAACAACUGACAAAAGCUCGCAUUAUUCAAGAAAGAAUCAGAAUUUGUAUUAUACACCAUAACGCAAUAUUGACUUUCGUAGAAAAUUACGAAAAUGUCUAUUCUGGCGUGGUUUUCAGCCAGUUUGUAGCAAGUAUUUUUGUAAUUUGUCUUGCUUGCUUUUAUUUGUCUAUAGUUGAACCUUUUUCAGUAAUUUUUUUUGCGAUGGUAAUUUUCCUUGCAACUAUGCUUUCUGAAAUUUUUCUGUACUCGUAUUAUGGAACACUAUUAUUUGAAGAAAAUAAUACAUUAACAAAUGCGGUUUAUAUGGGACAGUGGUAUACAUACGAUAUAACUUCAAGAAAAGCUUUGAUAAUUCUAAUGGAACGUUCCAAAAAGCCUAUGACUGUUAGAGCUGGUAAAGUCCUUGAUUUAUCUUUACAAACGUUUACCACGAUUUUACGACGGGCGUAUUCACUACUUGCAGUUUUGAAAAAUUACUGAAAACACGAUUUUGUAUGUGAAAAAUAUUGAAAAAUACAUUAGGUACCUAAUUUUAGAACAGAUUAUAUAGAAG